CCACCCACAGCAAUAUAUAUUCAAGAACAAAAACCGGAGACGGCACACAACAACUGAGAGACAGGAUUAAACGCACAAGGGUUUUUUGGGGAAAGCGUCAAGAAGAUAAAAGAAAAAGAAACACCUGCCAGGAAGAGCUAAACAUGAACAAGAAACCGUUUCUGAUUGUUCUUGGGUUAGCGCUUGUUUUUGAAGGUGCUCAGUGUCAGGAACGUGAAGUGUUUGUAGCUCUUGGUUCUGUAGCAGUGCUACCAUGUGUGGACGAGACUUCUGCGGUCUCACAUCCUACUGCAGUCUACUGGAGCAGGAUAGUUGGAAAUGCACUGAAGACAGUUUGGCGGCGAGAGAAGAGCGGGUUAGAGUUUCGUCCGGUUAGAAACCCACCUCGUGCUAACUGCCCCGUCCCGAAUUUCGGAAAGGCUGACUACAGCCUUCACAUUGCUGAAAUAACAUUUGAAGAUGGAGGAAAGUACAUCUGUGAAGUUGAGGGAAAGACUCGGAUGACAAAGUUAAUCAAUCUCAGAGUCGUAAAAGCGUCCCUUUCUCCUGCUGUUGUGGUUGAGGGCUCAAGGAUAGAGGCAACGUGCCAUGUCAGUCCUGGGACGCAGUCUAUAAAAUUUAACUGGAAACGAAAUGGCAGUUCAGCAAGCAGAAUGAGCAGAGCCAGCAUCUCCAGUGUGUCUCAGAGAGAUGCAGGAACCUGGACCUGUCAAGUUUCAUACAACGGUCGAGUAGUAGAGGCGACCACAUCCCUAGAGGUCAAAGGAAUCAUCAUCCCUCAAGAUGAGUUUUCAGUGGUCUACGCCGAUGUCGGUUCUUCGGUCUCCUUGCCCUGUGUCUUUACUGAUGGUCUAAUCCCAAACACUGUGAUUUGGAACAGAACCUCCACAACCUCAAAUGCUCAUGUUCCUCUUCCUGCAUCUUUCGAAGCAUCUGCUGGACCCUCAGCAUCAGCUGCUAUACAGAGAGUGGAGGAUGGAGAUGAAGGAAUGUAUACAUGCUCUGGAAUGAUGAGCGGAUUGAAUGGAGAGAGAAUUAAAGUACAAAGAAAGAUGGAACUGGUCGUAUCUCGAGUUUUGAGAUCCUCCUCAUCCAGCGGUAACGGACCCGUGACGCUGACCUGCAAUCUCAGCAACUCCGACCAGAUCACUUCCUAUGAAUGGCUCCGUGUGACUUACGGACCAAACGAUACUCAAACGGUGACCUCUGUUCAAAAGACAAAGAGCUUCAGGAUUCAAGAAUCGACUGAGAAAAAUGCUGGCGAGUGGGUUUGUCGGUACUACAGGAACGAAGAACUUCUGGGGAACGCGACUUAUCACCUUCUUGUGAUGGGUGCUGUAAAGAGUGAAAAUUCAAGUUCUGGCAACAAAACUGCUUUGGUGAUGGGAUUAGGGUUCAUGUUCUUGGUGAUAUUCCUGAUUUUGUUCCAGAUGUACAGAAACUAUCGCCGGAAGAGGAAGAUCCUUCUUUACCCAGCGAUGGAAACCAUCGUCCAUCAGGCCGCCACUGAACGAGAGCAGAGAGAGAGGUGCAGGGGAAAAAUGGCUGAAGCUUGUGUUGGAGAACCGAAAACAGUGUGUGUGUAAACGUGUGUGUGUGUGUGUGUGUGUGUGUGUGUGUAUGUUUUAAAAGCAGACAAAUGUAGCAGUCCAUUUAAACUGUAAAUAUAUCACUGAUAUAUAAAUGUAUACACUUUGUAUAAACUUCUUUUGGUGCAAAUAUAUUUUCAAACAUGAAUGUAAAACCUAUGUAAAUAAAGCAUAAA